AGUGGGAAGAGGGACAGAUACAAUGUCACUGGAAAGGUGUCAAAGUGAAUGGGAGGAAAUUGAACAAGAAUAUCAACAACUUCAGGAAACGCACAAAGUCUACCGACAGAAGCUUGAAGAGCUGACCAACCUACAAGCAUUAUGCAGUAGUGCCAUCUCCAAACAGAGGAAAGGCCUUAAGGACCUCAGACAGAGUCUUCAAAUGUGCGCGAAAAGCAGCGGCGAGAAGGAUUCUGAGGUGAUAAAUGACCUUCAGGCCCAGAUCAAGGAGAAACAGAGCGUCUUCUUUGAUAUGGAGGCCUAUUUACCAAAGAAGAACGGACUGUAUUUGAGUUUGGUUCUGGGCAAUGUGAAUGUAACUCUUCUCAGUAACCAGGCAAAGUUUGCAUACAAAGAUGAAUAUGAGAAAUUCAAACUUUAUAUGACAAUAAUCCUGAUGGUUGGUGCCAUAACCUGUCUCUUUUUAUUCAACUGUCGCGUCACAGAUGAAAUCUUCAAUUUUUUACUGGUGUGGUACUACUGCACGCUGACGAUAAGAGAGAGCAUUCUCAUGUGUAACGGCUCCAGAAUCAAAGGUUGGUGGGUGUCCCAUCACUAUGUGUCCACAUUCCUAUCCGGUGUCAUGCUGACCUGGCCAGAGGGGCCAAUGUAUCAGAUGUUCAGGAGUCAGUUCCUCGCUUUCUCCAUCUACCAGAGUUUUGUCCAGUUUCUGCAGUAUUACUAUCAGAGUGGCUGUCUAUACCGGCUGCGUGCUUUGGGAGAGAGGAGUCAGUUAGACCUGACAGUGGAGGGCUUUCAGUCGUGGAUGUGGAGAGGACUCACGUUUUUACUGCCGUUCCUCUUCUUUGGCCACUUUUGGCAGCUGUAUAAUGCUAUUACCCUCUUUAAACUAGCCGGUCACCAGGACUGCAAGGAGUGGCAGGUUUUCAUGUUGGCGCUGACGUUUCUGGUCCUUUUCCUGGGGAACUUCCUCACCACACUCAAGGUCGUCCAUCAGAAGAUCCAGACAAAGAAAGACAAGAUCCAGAAGAAGGACUGAGCCAAGAUCUGUGGUUCACACACCAGUUUGGCCAGUAUACGACCAGUUUUGGCCAGAGUGGAGCUCGCGACGCGAGGCCACGGAAGCGCACAGCGGAUGGUCAGACUGCGGGGGUUACUGGGGGGUUACUGGGCUGGAGAGGAGAUGGUGAACUGGGACUCUAACGGUGACUGGGACCCCGGGGGCCACCUUGUCACUACACUUUUCUUCUUUUAUAUGUUGUCUUUGCUCUUUUACAUGCAAAUGCAACACCUUUUUUGUUUUUGUUUGUUUGUUUGUUUUCGUUUUCUUCGUUUUGGGUUACAAACCACUGAAAAAUCAUGAACAUUUGGGAUACUGCUGUUGCAAUAAUAAGUGAAAUUUUGGGGAUAUUCAUUUAAGUCAUUGCUGUUGCUGAGUAUGUUUACAAAGAGCCACAGUUAAACCUUUAUGCAACUUCAUUUGAGACUGAGGAACAAACGACAGUCACUUAGAUUCCAUGGGAAUUAUAGCGCACACAUGGGUCUCCAUUCACAUGGCUGCUUCACACAUGAGGUCAAACCACCGUUUUUUUUGUUUUUUUUUUUGUUUUUUUCUUUCGCUCACUCAGUCACUCAGUUUCUUACAGGAGGGUUAAGAAUUUUCAACCGGUGCUCAAAGCCCUAACCUUGUAUGCUGGGAUUGGGUUGACAACUUUCUUUUUUGUUGUUGUUUUUUUUUUUUUUCUUUAAAAUAGGCUGUUGGAUUAAUUGGAGUUGCUGUAGGAAUGGGAAGUGGUUCAUGUUUUCUCAACGGAAACCACUGCGUUGAGGAAUAUUUUUUAUGCUUUUGUAAAUGACGAUAAAUGAGAUGGAGAAUACGCAACCGCUCACGUGGUCUCAUAAUCCGACAUUAUGUUUGGCGUCUAACGUUUAUUUUUUUCUCUCUGUCUUUCUUUUUUAAACUCUCACCAAACAUCCAAAAAAAUAGCUUCAAGGAUUCCGCCAAUGACGGUAUCACUCUCUUUUACAAUAUGGUUAGUGUUUUAGGAAAACAGGUACUAAGUAGCGUCUGAGGUUUAUCUUGAAAUAGUAAUCAUGUGAAAGACUGGCAUAAAUCGGCAUUACGCACAGACUCUCUCACAACUGUCGGUCUAGAUCCCAGCUCGCUGGGUCAGUCUACUGUGAAUCGAUGCUGCUAGAAACUAUAGCUACUGUUUUUCAAUGAAACGGGAAAAUUGUCUCGGAGUUAAACGUACAGCCAGUUGCCAGGGCUAAGGCGAAUCGGUAGCGCUGACGCAAAUUCACAUUGUAGUGAAAUCAUUCCAUCAGUUCAGUCUGACCUAAAACAGUGUAUUGGUUACUCUUAAAGGGAAUUUCACGCUGGUUGUCUUGGUGACGGGUCUGUGCAAACAAGUAUUUAGACGUUGCAGCUAGUGACAGGAUUUCUUUUCCCCCCAAUGCCUUAAUCGUUCACUUGCCCUGCGCCAAAAGCAAUGCUUGUUCCCAUUUUGUCCAGUUUAAUAUAUAUCAAGUGUCCUACUGCGAAACGACCACGUCGUGUCUCGCAAACUGCGUUCGCUACGCCGGUACAUUCUUCCACUGAAGGGAAACUUCUUCCUCUUGGGGAAACUGCUAGAGCAUGCCUUUGACUGCUGUUUAAGACCGGUUACGUCACUAAGAUAGUCGCCACAGUGCACAAAAGACCUCCCUCCUAGCGUGAUGCUAUGUCCAUGCCUUCAUUAGUCCCGUGAAGACUAGAACCUUCGGACUGUUCCGGAACAUUUCGUAAGCUCGGACUUGAACAGAGGGGGAACACUCAGUUAAUUCCGUGACAAAACUGAUGAUCUCAUUUUCACUACUGUACA